AUCAAAAUGCAAAGUGGGAUAGACAGCGACUCUGAACCAGAAAAAGAAGUUAUGGAUUCCACCAUCAUGUCCAGAAAAUCCCUUUACAAAUCAGGGGUCCCUCAGCUGGAGAUCCCAUUUGCAGUACAGAAUGUCAUCUCUAGGAUUGAGCAAUCACAGCUUCAUCGAGCCAGAGAGGCCAUUAACAUGCAGCUGGCUGACAUAAUGCUUAAUGUACAGCGGAUAAUAAAUCGCUACACUCUUGAUGAGAAUGUGCACUCUGGAAGAAAAAUAUCCAUUACAGAAUAUAAGAAACGGAGAGUAAAUUUCAUGGAAAAAAUAGUUACUUGUGCUAAGAAUGUUGAAAUUAGAGAAAAGACUCUUGUGUACAUACUGGCCUGGUUGGAAGAAUGGAAUGCAAUUUUGUCUGAGAUGACUGCAAUUGAUAUUGAGGAACACCACCACUGGAUAGCACAAAUGGAGUUUUUACCAGAAAUGUUCAAAGCUAUUGAGAACAAUGUCAAGUUACUGUGUAGAAUUAGUGUAUUUUUGUUUGAAGAAAAGAAGAGACAAAGGAAAAAAACAGCAUCUAGAAGUAUUCUAUGGAAAUCUUGGAAAGAAAGAGUUAUAAAGCGACCUGCAACAGCUCAUGCUUUAAGACCAGAUCAGAUGAUCAGUGAUGAAUUUGCAACAAAUACAAAGGUUUCAGAAAUCCAAGAUAUGCUACAGGAACUCAUAAACACUAUGAUGUUCAAUAAAUUGGAAAACAAUGCUAUUAAAUAUAUAUCAUCAACAAUAAUAAACCUUUCUAAGGCUUUGGGUAUAAUAAAUGAUGAACUAAAAAUUUUUAACCUCCAGAGUGCCAAUAUGUAUAUAAGUGAGACAAGUGAAAAGGAAAAAGAACUCUCUCUGAAGAUAAUGCGAGAGCUCAGUGAAAAAAAUGAAAUGCUUCAGCAGAAACUUCAAGAAGCAGAAGAAAAAUAUGAACAAUUUAUUCGGUCCAAAAUUGUUGUAGAACCCCAAGUAGGUAUAGCAUUACCCACAUCAACCUUGAAAGUGUUGCCUGAGCUUUCUUCACAAUCAACCACUAGCAAAGCUGACAUAGAAGACAAUAUGGAUGAUAUGCUGGUUAGAGAACUUGAAGAUACUACAGAUGAGGCCCAAACAAAAGGGACCAAAGGCUUGGGGAUCAAGUGGGACUCAACUAUUUCAUAUAGAGCCCCAGCUGAAAUGACUCCAGAUUUAACUGAAGAGCAAUAUCCUUCACUUAAAAAAAAGCAAAGAGAGUCUUCUGAAGGUAUCACUGAAGAUAAGAUAUCACAGAAGAAAGGUGAUGUCUAUAGGAAAGAUGGGACUGACCAGUAUCAAUCACAGAAAAAAAAGCAAACUAAAGGCCCAAAUAUGUAUGAGACUUCUGGAUUUAAUGUGAGCGAUGAUAAAGGUAAAGAAAAAGACUCAGAGACCAAACUUGAUUACCAUUUGGAGCUACAGUCACUGGAAAAGAAGAGAAAAGAAAUAAAAUCCUUUUCUGAGGACAAAUCAAAGUCAUCCACUGAAUCAAGAAAACCAAGAAGUGAACAUGUCCCUGCUGAUUAUCCUUCUACUGACACAAAAAGCCAAGUUGGCAGAAAUGGAACAAGUGGUUUAUGGGAACAACUCAGGAAGCUCAAACCUGAGUAUUCACAUUACAAAAGCCAGAUUUCUUCAGAGAGUAAAGAGGAAUCCACCACUGAGUCAAUGGACAAAGAGAGCAAAAGUGAGACGAGCAGCCAAGCAGAGCAAUUUGGGUUUACCCAACUUGGUAAUUCCUCUGAGAAAGUGAAAACAAAAGGAAAGAAACACCAUGUCUCUCCAGGAACCACCACAAGCAAAGAGGGAAAACUUGAAGAGGACAUAUUAGUAACCAAGAAAGUCAAGUCCCAUAGACCUGUGAAGCCCAAAUCUAGGGUAACAAAAGAGAUUUCAGAAUCUACCAGAGUUCUAGGAAGUCUAGACGGCAGAAGUGAAGAGAGUAACCUAGAAGAAUUUCAAAAAGCCGUAAUGGCUUUCCUAAAAGAGAAAAUUGAUAACGUAGGAAAGCCUUUGGAUAAAAAGACUGUGCCAAAAGAGGAAUUAUUAAAAACACCAGAGGCUGAAAAAUUAGGAAUCAUAAGGGAAAAAAUAGAGGAAUAUUUCCAAAACGUAGGUGAAACUGUGAUAAAAACCUUGAGGAAGUACAAAGAUAUAAAAAGUGCAGAACAGGUUGGAGAGAAACCUUUGAAACAAAAAAAAGAAGUCUCAUUUAUGCCAGGAUUACAUUUUCAGAAGUCCACUAGUGCAAAGUCUGAAAUUAGCACCUUACUGUCAUCUAAGAGCAAGGAUCCACUAACUGACAAUUUAAUACAAACGAUCUUGGCUGAACUAGAAGGGAAAAGAGAUGCUCUAGUGGCCUCAACGGUAGGGAAAGACGGCAUGGAAAGGCAAAAACAAAGGCGGGAGAAACAUUUGCAAGAAGGUCCAGAAAAAAUAGUUGGUAAGCGUCUCAAACGCCAGUUGCAAGAAGGGAGUUUCUGGAAGAAACCGCAGGAGGAAGAGUCAUGGCUCCAGAGGAAGGGAGGAAAGCAAGGACAAUGGAAGCAGAAACAGUGGCAGAAAAUGUGGAAGGAACAGCAAAAACAGAGCAUGCAAAAGCAGACUGAGCAAGAUGAGGAGCAAACGCAAAGAGAAGAGGAAGAUUAUAAGAAGCCAAAACAGCAGCAGCUGGAAGCAUGGGAUAAAAAAAUGGAAAAACAAAUGGUGCUCUUGGAGAAGGAGAAGGGACAGCAGAAGAGGGAUGCUCAGAAGGAAGUGAGAUAUCAAGAGCUGGAAAUAAAUUGGGAGAAAGAGGAGAAGCAGGAGCCAUGGAGAAAUGUAGAGGACCAUGAAAGACAGAGGCAGAAAGAAACAAAGGAUCAGAUGAAGAUUAAGGAGAUAAACUCUGAAGAACAAGAAAAGAUGUUCGGCCAAACUUCAAUGACAUUGUAUCCCUCGUGGAAGAGCAUACAGAAACUAGCACCCCAGUUACAUCAAAGAAAAGAGUUCCAGAGUCAUCUUAAGGCAUUAGACAUUCUUGCUGAUGGGAAGCACCCUAUACCAAUCACUCCUCCUUCCACACAAUCGCCCUCACCCGAGGCCAUUCCAGUUUCUGGACAGUCUCCCACAAAGGGGAUCACACUCACCCCUCCACAGGCCCAGGCAUUGGGGAUCACACUCACCCCUGAACAGGCCCAAGCACAGGGGAUCACUCUCACCCCCCAGCAGACUCAGGCACUGGGGAUCACACUCACACCUGAGCAGGCCCAGGCAAGGGGGAUCACACUCACCCCUCCACAGGCCCAGGCAUUGGGGAUCACACUCACCCCUGAACAGGCCCAAGCACAGGGGAUCACUCUCACCCCCCAGCAGACUCAGGCACUGGGGAUCACACUCACACCUGAGCAGGCCCAGGCACGGGGGAUCACACUCACACCUGAACAGGCCCAGGCACUGGGGAUCACGCUCACCCCUGAACAGGCCCAAGCACAGGGGAUCGCUCUCACUCCCCAGCAAGCCCAGGCACUGGGGAUGACUCUCACCCCUGAGCAGGCCCAGGCACGGGGGAUCAUACUCACACCUGAGCAGGCCCAGGCAUUGGGGAUCACACUCACACCUCCACAGGCCCAAGCACAGGGGAUCACUCUCACCCCCCAGCAGACUCAGGCACUGGGGAUCACUCUCAGCCCGGAGCAGGCCCAGGCACAGGGGAUCACACUCACACCUCCACAGGCCCAGGCAUUGGGGAUCACUCUCACUCCUCAGCAGGCCCAGGCACUGGGGAGGACUCUCACUCCUGAGCAGGCCCAGGCACUGGGGAUCACGCUCACACCUGAGCAGGCCCAGGCAUGGGGGACCACAUUCACUCCUCCACAGGCCCAAGCACUAGGGAUCCCUCUCACCCCCCAGCAGGCCCAGGCCCAGGGGAUCACUCUCACCCCUGAGCAGACCCAGGCACAGGGGAUCCCUCUCACCCCCCAGCAGACCCAGGCACAGGGGAUCACUCUCACCCCCCAGCAGGCACAGGCACAGGGGAUCCCUCUCACACUUCAGCAAGCCCAGGCACUGGGGGUCACUCUCACCCCUCCACAGGCCCAAGCACAGGGGAUCCCUCUCACUCCCCAGCAGGCCCAGGCACAGGGGAUCCCUAUCACUUCUGAGCAGGCCCAGGCCCUGGGGCUCUCACACACUCCUGAACAGGCCCAAGCACAGGGGAUCACACUCACACCUCCACAGGCCCAGGCAUUGGGGAUCACGCUCACCCCCGAACAGGUCCAAGCACAGGGGAUCACUCUCACCCCCCAGCAGGCCCAGGCACUGGGGAUCACUCUCAGCCCGGAGCAGGCCCAGGCACAGGGGAUCACACUCACACCUCCACAGGCCCAGGCAUUGGGGAUCACGCUCCCCCCCGAACAGGUCCAAGCACAGGGGAUCACUCUCACCCCCCAGCAGGCCCAGGCACUGGGGAUCACUCUCAGCCCGGAGCAGGCCCAGGCACAGGGGAUCACACUCACACCUCCACAGGCCCAGGCACUGGGGAUCACGCUCACCCCCGAACAGGCCCAAGCACAGGGGAUCACACUCACACCUCCACAGGCCCAGGCACUGGGGAUCACUCUCACCCCUGAACAGGCCCAAGCACAGGGGAUCCCUCUCACCCCCCAGCAGGCCCAGGCACAUGGGAUCCCUAUCACUUCUGAGCAGGCCCAGGCUCUGGGGCUCACACUCACUCCUGAACAGGCCCAAGCACAGGGGAUCACACUCACACCUCCACAGGCCCAGGCAUUGGGGAUCACGCUCACCCCCGAACAGGCCCAAGCACAGGGGAUCACACUCACCCCUCCACAGGCCCAGGCACUGGGGAUCACGCUCACCCCUGAACAGGCCUGGUUGUCAGCUGUCCCUCGUACCCCUGAACAAACCCAAGGUUUAGGUGCCCCUCUCUCCUUAGAACAGGCUCAAGCAUUAGGGGUUUCUUUCUCUCCGGAACACUUCUGGAAAUCUGGGGUCCCUCUCACCUCAGAUAAAUUCCGUGCUAUAGAAUCUCCCCUUGAGCAAGUGCAAACUUUGGGAGCUCCCUUCAUCCCAGGACAAUCCCAUCCCAUGGGUAUUACUCUCAUGUCUGAGGAGGACCAACAAUCAAGAGAACAGCCCUCACCACUUGGGCCCCAACCUACUUUAGAACAUACCCUGAAAGUUGGGAUCAUCCCUGUUACUGAUAAACCCAUUACACCAGGUGGUCCUCACAUUUCUAAGCAGUUCCCUACAUUGGCUCCUUCCGGUCUUAGAUCUUUUCAAAGAUUGAAGGCUUCUGUCCUCCCUGGGGAAUCCUUUACAUCAAGUCCUAGGCAGGCCCCAGCAUCUGCUCCUAUUGCUGAGAAGUCCUCUGUAUUUGAGGUCUCUCCUACUCCUUUGCAGGUAUCAGGGUCUCCUCUUUCCCAAGCCCCUGGGAAAUUGCUAGGAAUGAGAAUUCCUUCUGACUCUGGGAAGCUUCUGGUACCACAGACUUUUCCUUCCUCUAAACAGACCCUGGUUUCUGAAGGUCAAACUGUUCAGUUUGUAGCACCAGAGGUCCCUCUGGCCUCUGGGAAGCUUGCACCGGAGACCCUUCUUAGUUCUAGAAAGUUCUUAAGAGACUCUUGGACUCCUCAGCUACCUCUGAUAUCAGAGGCCCCGCUUGCCCCCAGGCAGCCCCUUAUAUCUGGAGUUCCACUCUCCUCCCCCCAGUUUCCUACUCUCUUGGCUCCUCUUUCCCCUAGGAAGCCCUUGGUUCCUGGGACUUCUUCCGUCCUGGAACCUAGACCCUUAACACUUUCUGAGAAGCCCCAGGCAUUCCAGCUCCCUGCCAUCUAUAAGCAAUCUCUCUAUCCACAAGUCCCUUCUACUCUUGAGCAGCAUCAAACUUUCCCACUGGGGAUUCCUCCCACCCCUGGGCAUCCUCCAAUACUAUGGACCUCCCUAACCCCUGGAAAGCCCCAGAAAGAUAUGUCCUCUUCUAUAGCUAAGGAAAUUAAGGAAAGAUUGGCAAUUAUUUCUUCUCUGAAAUCUAAAUCAGUCCCUUUUACUGCUAAGAACUUCCAAAUAUCAGGGGUCUCUGAUACUUCUGAAGAAUUCCAGACAUGUCAUGAUCCUAUUGCCACAGAACAAUAUAGAACAUUUCAGUCCUAUCUCACCGAUUACAGGACACCAACAUCACAAACCCCUUACGUUGGUGGGAGGGCCCUUCCCCCUCUCGUGAAGUCUCUUUUUACUAAACUGCCCAAAACGUCACAGAUCUCAUCUUCUGAAUGGGACCAGAAAACCCAGUUCCCCCCUAUAGACAAGUCCUGGAUACUGACUUCAGAUUCAGUUACCAAGAAACCCAAGAUGAUGGUGCCCCCUUCCUCUCCCCAAGAACUCAAAGAGCAGAGGUAUUUUGUUGAUGUGGAAGCUCAGAGAAAGAACCUGGUACUCUUAAAUCAGGCCACAAAAUCUUCUGGACUCCCUUCACAGCUACACACAACAGCUAGGAAUCUCAUAAUUGAGACACUUCAUACAGACACAGUUCGGCUGGGAUACCUAUUCCGCAAGUACAUUGCUUACAGGCUGAUCCAGCGUGCAAGAAACAACAUAAUCAGACGAUUACAAGCCCUCCAAAACACUGGGAAAGGUUAUGAGACCCAGAACCUCUUCAUACUGCUAAACAGAAUUGAUGACUACCAGAAAAAGAUUAUGCAGGUCUGGACCAACAAACAGAAGUCUUUAGAGCAGAAACGGAAUCAGUACCUGAGGAAAAUGAUGUUCUUAUUUAGCCAGCUUCAAGAGAUGUAUAAAUUGAAUCUUAGUCGGCCCAUACCUUUGAUCACUGACAAAAAGGAGAUACCUGCCUCUGCCAAAUUUGUUCAGCAGCCAUUCCUAGAGCUGCUAAUAGAAGAAGAUAGAAAGUAUGACACAUUCAAGAAAUUGCGACAAGAAGACCAAAUGAGAGCUAUCUGGAAUGCUGAUCUGUCAACUUCAAGCUACCCAAUAGCAGAGAAGACAUCAAUACAUUCGCUCUGGGCCCAGCUGGGUGGGUACCCAGAUAUUCCUAUGCUACUCCAGUUAGAUGUUCAGUCUACCUUCAGAAAAUCUCUCGCAUCCGUUAAAUCACAGUAA